CCUGUUUAUCUGAAUUCUGAAAUAACAGUGGAGACGGCUGCCCUCUUAAGCUCGCCGACCCGGGUCACACAUAGGGUUCCAGAUGAAGCCCGAGUCGGGGCAGGCCCUCUUCCACGCGGCCCUGGUCCGCUGCCUCUGCGCGGCCACCAUCCACACGGCUGUUUUCGCAGGUGUCUCUGUCCAAGUGGGCCACGGGCACUGCGCCGGUCGCCAGCCUCCCUGCCUUCCUGCCGUGCCCUUCACGUCGCUCGUGAACGUGGCCUAUGCGCUCCUGGGGAUGUACUGGCUGCCGAGCAAGGCCAGCGCCCCGGGGGGCCCCACAGAGGCACGGAAGGCCUGCUACCCGAAGGGCGUCUUUGCGGGCACGGCCCUGGGCUCCGGCCCGGUUCAGCGGCUGCGCAUCGCCGGGCUGGACCGGCGGCUCACCUUUCCCAUCUUUGCGCGGCCGGUGGCCCGGUGCCUCUGCCUGGACAGGGGCCAGAAGCCCUGGCUGUUCCCGGCUGUCGAGGGCCUCUCCCUGCGCGGUUACAGCCUGGCCCUGCUGCACCCCCGUGGGUCUGAGGUGGCGCUGGGCGUACACGUCGCAGCAGCUGUGGGGCAGGCCCCGCGCGCUCAGGGGCGCCACGGCAGCGCUUCCUCGGGAACGUACUUGGCUCUGGGCGCGCUCUCCUGCCUGGGCUUUGUGGGCCUCAAGCUGUGUGACCACGAGCUCUCGCGGUGGCACCUCUUCCAGCGGCUCACGGGCCACCUCGGGGCCAAAGUCUGCGAUAUGCUCCAGUUGCACUUUGCCUUCUUGUUCCCGACCAACUUAAACACCUGCCGGAGAUGCCCUCCUGCGGAGAAGAUGCGGUGAAGUGUGGAAGGAAGGUGCUUCGGGCCGCUGGCCGACCUUAACAUCCAAAUGCGCUCUCCGCUGGCAUCCUGUCAUCAGGGCUCAGUGUCCUGGGUGCAGCAAGAUAGGGUGACGACAGAAGACUCUGCCCCUUCCCUCGAACUUAUGGGCUUCGAUACUCUGAGUAUGAAUAGGCAACAUUAUGAAAUGUUACGCUCU